GAUUGACAUCCAUUGCAGUGAUCACUACCACAACCCUCGACCACAACCCCAACCGCGACAACCACUACAACACAUAACACUCUGUCGAUUGCGCUGAAGAAGUAGUCAUCAAAGAUGAGUGAUUUCGCCGACGACUCCAACAUUAGUCUCAAUGCGUUUGACGAGCAAAACGCCGACAAAAGCUCUUUGAAUGGCAAUAACGAGAAUGAUUUGAACGAAAACGACGACAACAGCAAAACGGAGGACGAGUUUGACUCGAAGGACGACAACGACGGCCACAACAACGGCAGAGACAGAGCACUCGUGUCGGCCAACAAGACCAACGACGAUGAGGACAGGUAUGACAACCCCUGACCACAACCAGACACUCCUCUAAUGUCUACUUUAAUUUAGUUGUUAUUUCCAU